AUGCACGUGCGCAUCGUAGAGAGGCACAUGCGAAGCGGCAGACGGCGGGCCGAAUACGCAGAACAACACCCAGACGACCCUUGCAAUACCGUCAAAACGGCUUCGAACGGCGACGACGCCCCGCGCGCCGAUGGCGCUGCGGCACCGGCGAACCAGGCGCCGCCCAUCUCUCCCACCUCUCCUGGCCCAGCAACCGCCCCCAAGGGGCCCGUCUCCCGCUUCCAGAAACCUGUGAUGCAGUCCAUGUCCAGUCUGCCGGAUACGCGCCAGCAGUCUUUUGACGAGAUCUACGGCCCUCCCGAGAAUUUCCUCGAAAUCGAGGUCCGCAACCCCCGGACACACGGCAUCGGCCGCUCCAUGUACACUGACUACGAGAUCGUCUGCCGGACCAACAUCCCAGCUUUCAAACUACGGCAGAGCACCGUGCGCCGCCGGUACUCCGACUUUGAGUACUUCCGUGACAUCCUGGAGCGCGAGAGCGCGCGCGUCACGAUACCGCCCCUGCCCGGCAAGGUGUUCACGAACCGGUUCAGUGAUGAUGUGAUCGAGGGCAGGAGGGCGGGGCUGGAGAAGUUCCUCAAGAUCGUCGUGGGCCACCCGCUGCUACAGACAGGGAGCAAGGUCCUCGCGGCCUUUGUGCAAGAUCCGAAUUGGGAUCGCAACGCGUGGUGA